AUGGCAGUUUCUGUUGGUGAAAUUUGUGAGAACACAAGACUUGCCCGGGAAAUGGCCUUGAUGGGAAAUUAUGAGUCGGCAGUCGUUUACUACGAGGGAACAAUUCAGAUGAUACACAGGCUUCUGAUCUCCAUAGCUGACCCUAAUCGCAAGUCUAGGUGGCAAUUGAUACAGCGGCAAAUCGCUCGCGAAUAUGAGCGACUGAAGGGAACCAUGGCCGCGUUGCAGGUGUUCCAGCACGAAGGCGAUAAAGCGAUCACACCACUCACUGCAAACUUCGAAGACCUGCCCACCCGGGACAUGAUGUGGGCGCCGGCACCCCACGAGAUAGACCCGGAUAUCUGGCCACCACCACCGGAUAGGGAUCCUAACGCUUGGCCACCACCCACAACUGUCGAGCACAAAAACCCCCCCGUAUUAAAAUCAGCUCGAAACAAUCCUAGGAAUAACAGAACGGCUGACAAUAAAAAGCCAGGUCCCAAAACUGCGUCUACAUCACAACGAAGGCCCUCGGAUGUCAGAAACCCCAAAAUUAAUACGAAUAAGGCACAUAGCGCAAAAACGAAAGAGACAAAUAGCAAAGACCAUAGCAAUAAGGAUAAGCAAGACAAGGACAACAACAACGGGGAUACGGACGAGGAGAAACACAAAGAGGACGAAAGGCGAUUUGAGCCGUCCUCGUCGGCGGACAACGAUCUAGUCGAUAUGUUAGAAAGAGAUAUAGUACAAAAGAACCCAAACAUAAGAUGGGACGACAUUGCUGACCUCAAAGAAGCCAAGCGACUUUUGGAGGAGGCAGUCGUUUUACCGAUGUGGAUGCCAGACUUUUUCAAGGGUAUACGUCGACCGUGGAAAGGAGUAUUGAUGGUAGGACCGCCCGGCACCGGAAAAACGAUGCUCGCUAAAGCGGUCGCGACGGAAUGUGGAACUACCUUUUUCAAUGUUUCAUCGUCGACUCUUACUUCUAAGUACCGAGGGGAGUCUGAGAAACUAGUUAGAUUACUCUUUGAAAUGGCGCGUUUCUAUGCCCCAUCAACGAUCUUCGUAGAUGAAAUAGACUCGUUGUGCUCUCGACGCGGCUCGGACAGCGAACACGAAGCCUCGAGGCGGGUUAAGUCAGAGUUACUGGUGCAAAUGGACGGACUGAACGAUGAACCAGGAAAGGUAGUAAUGGUGUUAGCUGCGACGAAUUUCCCUUGGGACAUAGACGAAGCCCUACGACGUCGUCUCGAGAAGCGCAUAUACAUCCCUCUACCCACUCAGGAGGGCCGCGAAGCCUUACUCCACAUUAACUUGCGUGAGGUCAAGUUAGAUCCGGAACUGGAUUUGCAGGCCGUAGCAAAGAAGCUAGAUGGGUACUCCGGCGCAGACAUAACUAAUGUGUGCAGAGACGCGUCGAUGAUGUCCAUGCGACGAAAAAUUGCUGGCCUAAAGCCAGAGCAGAUAAAGCAGCUUGCCAAGGAAGAACUGGACCUACCCGUCACCAAAACAGAUUUUAUGGAGGCCAUCGCCAAGUGCAACAAGUCAGUAUCGAAAGGCGACAUCCAGAAGUAUCUCACGUGGAUGGCCGAAUUCGGCUCCUCCUGA